CAAAACAAAAUGUUAUUAGUUUUAAUACUCCUCAUUGCGCCAGCUUUAUCUAGGGCUGAAACUACCAAAGGAGAAUGUAGCGAGAACGCGAUUUUUCCCGCCUGUGGCCAAGAGCUUCGGCCGUCUUUACAGGAUCUGGCUGGGAAUGCGACACUGCUUUCUACAGAAUUAAGUCGAAUGACCAUCGUAAGCUUUCUUAAUCUGCUUACCGAUACGAAGCUCAGGCAGAUCUUCCUGGAAGCAUUACAAAACUCCAUUGAAUUAACCGCAAGUUUUUCGCUAAACUCUCUUGAAGGGAACCGUGCAAAGCUUCGACGAACAGUUCUUAUUGGUCUGCUGGAUCUCUCGGAUCAGUUCAUCAAUAUCGCGAAACACUUCAUGAAUGACGAUACAAUUGCUAUCCGAAUGUCAUCGGUUCUUUGCCGUCUCCAAGACAUGUCCCACUCAGCUGAGGAAGUCUUACGCAAGCUAGACAAAACUUCCCUACGCACUUUUGUAGCCUUUACAACAAUUGACGCCAGUAUUGCGCUGAUGGUGCGCUGUUUCGACCCGAAAAAAUUCCGCGACGGAUGCACUCUAUUACUGGAUACAAAAAAGUUUGUGAUUAAAAACGUUCGAGGAACGGUGGCCAAUUUCUCGUGAUCGACUUCAUUUAUAUCGUUGUAUACAAAAAUACCUGCAUUUGAAGAUUACUGAUCCUAGCCGCACGUUACGACACAUUUAACUUGAAGAAGACUGAAAUUGACUUUUUUUGGAAAUUAAAAAACUUGAAGCAAGAAACCUCUGAGGACUUAUAUUCUGGCCUAGCCUAUAGUAGCACUGUGAAGUUGCGUUCGCCGCCGAAGUUCUACCCAGAACACAGCA